UAUCAUUACUAGUAGGAACUGUAAUCAAUUAUAUAAUGGUAUCGAAUGAACAGAAAAUUUCUAUUCGGCAUUAAAAUAAAAUAUAUUGAAAAUAUAUAUUAAUAUGUAUGCCAUACAUCAUAGUUGUUACAAAAAAGAUGUUCAAGCCACCAGAUAGUUCAACAACUUGUCCGUGAUUUGACGUUCAUUAGCCAACAACACAUAAAGAAUGUCUUUAUAAUAUGCAUCUUGUCCUAACGUUAACUUGUACGUUUGCUAUGAUAAUUUUGCGCGCCCCACCAUUAUACAGCGAAAUUUAUUCGAUGCAAACUACCGAUAUUGUUCGAUGGUAUGGAAAUGAACAAUCUUAAACAGUGGGCUUGAUAUAAAACACGUUUAAUAUCAACAUUAUCAUCAGAAUAUUUAAUUAUAUUAAAAACGUAAAGAGGUGCAUAUUUAUAUUAAAACAGAAUGGCAUUCCGUGAAUUAGUAGAAGGUGAUUGUGGAGGACCUAGUUCUUUGAUUCGUUUAACAUCACACUUUGUGCGUGAUCAUGGAUUCAAAGAAGAAGGGCUACAUUAUCCUUUUGAGCAUGUGGAACCUUUUCAAGCUUCAGAUUCAGAUCAGUUAGUUAAACAAUUUUUAGAAGAAAAUCCUUCACGUCCUCAAACAUUUAGAAUGGACAAUUUAUUACAAGAAAUGCGUGAAAUUGAUCAAAAUAUUCAUCCACCUAUAGCGGCACCAGGAGUUGCUCAAGAAUUAACCAGUUUAGAUACAGCUUGGGCAAAUCAGUAUCUUGAAUCGGGACGCCAUUUUAAUGAGCACCAUGCUGAUGAUAUUUGGCAUCCUGAAGUAGAACAAAAUUCAAAUGAUUUAAAUCACCAAAAACAUGAAUUAGGAUUAGGACCAAAAUGGGCAGAGGAAUACAUAGAACAUAGCAUAGAUGCUUUACAAAGUAACAUAAAUAUGGAACAUUCAACAGAAGCAAUAGAAAACAAUGAUAAUCCUAAUUUUGAAUAUUCAAAAUUCAUGAAAUUUAUGAAACAAGAAGGAGAUAUCCCUGUAGAAAACAAUCAAGAGUCACUGCCAGAUCUUCAUAAUGCAAGCAAAGAGUGGAUAGAACAGUAUGACAAUGAUAAUGAAACAUCUGAAGACAAAAUUUCUAUUAGUGACAGUCAAGAAAAUGAAGUAGCAAAUAAACAACAAAUAGGAGAAGAACUAGCUGUUGCUGGUAAUUGGAUAGAUGAAUUUCAGAAAGAAGAUAUUUCCUCAGAAGUAGACAAUUAUGAGUCUACAUUUUUAAAACUUCAAAAUGAAUGGGAAAAGAUUUCAUCAGCUGAAGAAUUAUCUUCCAAGCAUCCAUGGCUUUCAGAGUAUGAUACUUUUUAUGAUCCGUUUAAAGAUUAUGAAUUUCAUGAAGAAAAUCCUAUGAAAAGUUUACCUAAUGCAUUAGAAGAGGGUAAGAAAAGAUUAGAAGCUGGAGAUUUACCAAGUGCUAUACUUUGCUUUGAAGCAGCAGUUCAACAAGAUGAGAAUAAUUCAGAAGCUUGGUUAUUACUUGGUAAAACUCAAGCUGAAAAUGAACAAGAUCCAUUAGCCAUUUCUGCACUAAAACGUUGUCUAAAUUUGGACCCAGCAAAUGUAGCUGCUCUUAUGGCACUUGCAGUUUCAUAUACAAAUGAAUCAUACCAAAAUCAAGCAUGUGUAACUCUUAAAGAAUGGCUAUUAAAAAAUGAAAAGUACAAACAUCUCUCAAUACAAAAGCCUAACAGUGAGCAAAACUCAAAGUCAAAUGUAUCAUCUAUUCUAUUUAACGAUGUGCAUGAAGAAGUAAAAAACCUUUAUAUUCAAGCUGCACGAAUAAAUCCAUUGAAUGAAAUAGAUCCAGAUGUGCAAUGUGGAUUAGGGGUACUUUUUAAUUUAUCUAAUGAAUAUGAUAAAGCUAGCGAUUGCUUCCAAGCAGCGCUACAAGUACGUCCUCAUGAUUCUAGAUUAUGGAAUAGAUUAGGUGCAACUUUAGCUAACGGUCAAAAAUCGGAAGAAGCUAUAAAUGCGUAUCAUCAUGCUUUAAAAUUGUCACCUGGAUUCAUUAGAGCUCGUUAUAAUCUCGGAAUUUCAUGCAUUAAUCUAGGUGCAUUUAAGGAGGCAGGUGAACAUCUUGUAAUAGCUUUAAACCAACAAGCUGCCGGUCGUGGAAUUCAAGGCGAAAGUUUUUCACCGAAAGCAAUGUCGAACACCAUUUGGUCAACAUUGAGAAUUGUCAUUUCACUAAUGCACAAAUAUCACUUAACUGAAGCAAUAGAGAACAGAGAUCUAACAAGGUUGAAUAAGGAGUUUGAAAUUGUAUAAAAACUUGUUGAACUCGUUUGUUAAAAAGUAUAAACUCUUUUUAACUUAGUAUUUAAGAUAUCGUAAAAUAAAAUGAUUAAAAAUAUUUUUCGUAGUUGAGAAGUGUAUAUACAAACAAAAACUAAAAGGAUACUAUGAUAUAAUUUUUUAUUAUA